AUGAACACCGAUCCCAUCCUCCCGCCCAAUGUGGACGAUGACUUGCCUAUCAUCGCCCCCUCUCCGCCAUCGUCACCGCCGCCGUCGCCCUCGACGACGUCACUCGCUCCACCCGCUUCUCCCCUCCUAACUGCAUUUCGACCUUCUGCGUCCAAUCGACCCGCUCUUGUCAAUGUCGUCUUGAGAGCCGUCCGUUCGCUCAAUGAUAUGCAUCUCGAAGACCCCGAUGCAAUGUUGCUCCAGGCCCCUAUCGCAAUUACGCCGGCUCUCAUCGAUAGGCUUGCUGAUGCUGUAGCUAGGAGUCUGGAGGACUCCGCUGGAGAGGCCACCAGCACAGCGGCAUCGCUCGAUCUAACGGGCGCUCACACAACUUUUCCUGUCUCUACGGACGCUUCAAACACAGUCAAUGAAGACAAGAUCGACGGUCCAGUCAAGGUUGAUUUGGAUGAGAAUUCAUCCGGCGCCGUCGAUGGUCAUCCUAUCUUGCAGUUUCUUCGCUGGCAGUGCGAAGAUGCUCGAGCCAGUUAUGACCACGCUGAACGCGCUUUCAAUCUUACCCUCCUGCGUCGACCUGGUAGUGUCCAUAAUAGCUUCGACUUCAACAUGGUAAAUCGAGGGCUGGAUAUCUACAGAACCGAGAUGGUUCUUUGCGCAGAGCGUCUCGAACUCGCUCAAGCUUGCCUUGCUCGUUAUACGAAUGAGUCUAUUGCUCUUACCCAGGAUGUCUUAAGCGGUGCGCAUAGUUUGAAACCCUCUCAUCCUAUCUGCGCGGUCGAGGACUGCAAGAUGUCCGAAUUCAUCGAGCGUCUUGCAAGGUUCUUCCCCGGCGGCUCAGAAGAACUCGUCGAGCAGUUUGUGCAUUCGACGGCACAUCGCAUGCUCGAGACGUAUCCGCGCUCGACGCAGGACUCCGUGCCGGAAGAAGCCCGAUACCGCAAAGUCCUUGUUGCCCCCAUGGCGCGGGAGAUCAUACGCCCAUUACAAGCACAGGUUCCGGACAACACGCAUGAAAGAUCCGAGGCGACCUUGCCUGAGGUUCCAAUUCCCACUGAAGCACUCACGGGUGUUCCUGUUUGCCAUAAUUGGUUUGUGGUAUACAAAGGUAGAACAGAUCCGACUGGUGGCGACGCACGCAUAUACAAGGCGUCCAAUGUUGUUAACUCGAAUUAUCUCCUCAGAUUGUUGCCCAACGGGAAUAUCAAUUCCUUUUUCACUCUCGAGGAAGCAAGUGCCUUCAAACACUGGAUGGACAGCCCUGACUGGAACGUCUUCGACGGUGUCGAGUACUGA